AGAGUAUCAAAAUCUAGUACAUAGGAGUAUUACAUACGGAGUAUGAUAAUGGACUGGGGCUCGUGGUGGGAAAAAAUGGGAUGAGCCGACAACCGAAACACAAAAACCCAGCUAAAAAUCGAAGGGGAAUGACAUAUCUCUUCAUCAUUGUACAAGCAUGGCGAAAGACGGAAGAGGAGAUCGAACCGCAGCGAAUUGUCAGCCCCUACGCCGAUGCUUGCAUCGGGAGGAAGGGACGAAGAAGAAGGCCAAGAAGAGGAAAUCGCAGAAAGUAGCGAAACAUGUAUGGGAGGAGGAAGAGACAGAGAGAGGAAAAUUGACUCAGCAGAAAUUGAAUAAGACGAAGAAGAAGGACAAGAGGAGGAAAUUGGAGAAAGCAGCGAAAAAUAUAUGGGAGGAGGAAGAGUCAGAGAGCGGGAAAUUGACUCAGCAGAAAUUGAAGGAGACGGAGAAAACUCGCGUAGCAGAAGGGAUAGAGGCCACUCGUCGACGCUUAAGAGAAAGUGGUAAUUCCGGCUUGAAGCUCUUCAACCGGGAGAACGGAACCUGUUUUGAGAUGGUGGACGUAUUGAGUUGGGGCGUUACGAUUGGUGGAUAUCCUGACUUUCACAGACACAUGAACAUCACUGCUAAGCUUCCUGAAUGGGACUCUCCCAGGCGUUGUUUCCUUGAGAUUAAUGAUAGUCCCAACCCAACACACUGUUUUAUCGCUGAAGUUGAUCCCGAAACAGCGAACAAUUUCUGUUCUUGUUGUCACGUAGAUUAUAAGGUCCUGCAUCCGCCCUCUGGUGGUUUUCGCAUCGGAUGGUUUGACUACCCAAAGGGUUUCACGGGACCUCACCUCCCUCUAACAGCGAGCAUAAUGAAGAAAUUCUUUUGCAGCAGUCGUCCUUCUAGUUGCAGGAGACUCAAUCCUCGUUAAUUUAUGUUUGUACCAUUGUAUCGUUGAAUUUAGUAUUUAUAUAUUUGUAACCCCCUCAUAGCACUGCAAUUAUGCAAGCUCCUAUUUAUCUAUUUUGUAACCCUCAUAUAACUGCUUUGUGCUAGCUACUAUUUAUCUAUUUGGUAACCCCCUGUAAAAAAGCUCCUAUUUAUCUGGUUAUCUACCCAGGUUAGCUCUACAGUCUACUCAAUUUCUAUUAUGAUUGAU